CCUAACAAAUCAUUCCAAAAUUUAGUGAUUAAAGUUGUCAACAACUUUGGAGAGCUGAAUACUCCUUUUGGCUGUGAUACCUUCUCAGACUGUUUGGUUUUUGUUUUGUUUUCUUGCAGUGCUGGUGAUUGAACCCAGGGACUCACACAUGCUAGGCCAGAUUUUUUGUUUGUGAUGACCUCGACAGUUAUGAGGAAGACUCAUCAGGUCAUGCAACAGAAGCCAUUGUAGAAGUAGAGAGCAGCCCUCACCAGACACUGAAAUGUCUAGUGCUUUGAUCUGGAACUUCCUGACCUCCAGAACUUGGAAUGAAACAGUGGAGCUUUUUCGUGCCAGGAUGCCAUUACGGAAACAUCGUUGUCGUUUUAAGAGUUAUGAACAUUGCUUCACAGCCACAGAAGCUGUGGAUUGGCUGCAUGAGUUGCUUAGGUGCAGUCAAAACUUUGGUCCUGAAGUGACUCGCAAACAAACAGUCCAGCUGCUAAAAAAGUUCCUGAAGAAUCACGUUAUUGAAGACAUUAAGGGAAAAUGGGGUCAGGAAGAUUUUGAAGACAAUCGUCACUUAUACAGAUUUCCUCCUUCUUCACCCCUGAAGCCAUAUCCAAAGAAGCCCCUAUACCAAAAGAAUAUUAUUAAAUUUCCAGAAUGGAAUGAUCCCCCACCGGGCACCUCGCAGGAGAACAUCCCAGUGAGGCCAGUUGUGCUGAAUUCUGAGAUGUGGUUCAAGCGUCAUAGUAUUGCUAUUGGAGAGGUGCCUGCUUGCCGUCUUGUCCACCGCAGACAGCUGACAGAAGCCAAUGUAGAAGAGAUAUGGAAGUCUAUGACAUUAUCAUAUUUACAGAAAAUCCUUGGCUUAGACUCCUUAGAAGAAGUUUUAGAUGUCAAAUUUGUCAACUCCAAGUUCAUCGUCCAUAAUGUAUAUAGUGUUAGCAAGCAGGGAGUGGUUAUCCUUGAUGACAAGUCAAAAGAACUUCCUCAUUGGGUACUGUCAGCUAUGAAGUGUUUGGCAAAUUGGCCCAACUGUUCAGAUUUGAAGCAGCCUAUGUACUUGGGAUUUGAAAAAGAUGUAUUUAAAACUAUAGCAGAUUAUUAUGGUCACUUGAAAGAGCCACUGCUUACAUUUCAUCUUUUUGAUGCUUUUGUGAGUGUAUUAGGUUUGUUACAGAAAGAGAAAAUGGCAAUUGAAGCCUUUCAGAUUUGUUGCCUCCUCCUGCCUCCUGAAAACAGGAGAAAGCUGCAGCUGUUAAUGAGGAUGAUGGCGAGGAUCUGCUUAAACAAAGAGAUGCCGCCGCUGUGUGAAGGCCUUGGGACCCGGACACUGAUGGUUCAGACAUUUUCCUGCUGCAUCUUGUGUUCCAAGGAUGAAGUAGACUUGGAUGAGUUAUUGGCUGCUAGGUUGGUGACGUUUCUGAUGGACAAUUACCAAGAGAUUCUCAAAGUCCCUUUGGCCUUGCAGACUUCUAUAGAGGAGCGUGUGGCUCAUCUACGAAGAGUCCAGAUAAAAUACCCAGGUGCUGAUAUGGAUAUUACUUUACCUGCUCCUGCAUUUUGUCGUCAAAUUAGUCCUGAGGAAUUUGAAUACCAAAGAGCUUAUGGCUCUCAGGAGCCCCUGGCAGCUUUACUGGAGGAAGUCAUAAGUGAUGCCAAACUCUCCAGCAAAGAGAAGAAGAAGAAACUGAAGCAGUUUCAGAAAUCCUAUCCUGAAGUCUAUCAAGAACGAUUUCCUACGCCAGAAAGCGAAGCGAUUCUCUUUCCUGAAAAACACAAACCGAAACCACAGCUGCUCAUGUGGGCACUGAGAAAGCCUUUCCAGCCAUUUCAAAGAACGAGAAGUUUUCGAAUGUGAUGCUUCUGCAGGGACACUGCUUAGAGACUCUGUGGCGGUGGCUGUUUUGAAUACGAGCAGAAGAAAGAAAAGCACGACAUACAGACUACUGAAGUGUACAUACAGAUUGUCUGACUUUUAAAAUGUUGAGCCAUUGUCAGUAUUUUUAUAAAAUUCAUGCUAUUUUUAAAGUUGUACAAAUCAAUAAAAGAUUAUGAAUCGAAUAUACAGGCUUGAAGUUGUUACAAAAUCUAAGGUAAAAUAUUUUUAUCUUUUGGGCUGGGAUUGUGGCUCAGUGGUGGAGUGCUCGCCUCGCAUGGGUGGGCCCUGGGUUUGAUCCUCAGCACCACAUAAAAAUAAUGGAAUUGUGUUGUGUCCAUCUACACCUAAAAAAUAAAUAUUUUUUAAAAAAUAUUUUUAUCUUUUUAUUGUUAUCAUGAUGUUUGUAAAAUACUUGUGUGUGUGUGUACAUGCUAGUUACUGAUAUCUUUGUGAUAACCAAGUCUUAAGAAAGGUGUAUAUACUUGAACAAGAGACCCUGGAUACUGUUAUUGUGGUGCUGUUGACCCACUGGGAUUUCUCCUGUGUAAAUCCCACUUUUCAUUGUUGCAAAGAAAAAUUCUUAAUGUCCUAUAUUUUGAUAGCUGUGUCUUUUAUUGCAGGUUUGUUGGAUGCUCUGACAGAUUUUACAAAAAUUGGGUCUUUUAUAACAUAUGUAAUUAGGGGGCUUUAUAUAAAAGUGGAGGAGGUUUUCAUUUGCCAGCAAUGAUAUAAUUUCAAAAUUAUCUAGAGUCGUAAGAUUGAAUUAGACAAAUUCUUUGGGCAUCCUUAGACCUAUAAUUCUAAAUUAAGCCUUUGUUAUACAAUUUUUUUCACAAAUGUUUUUGUGAAAAACAUAAAUGGAUUAAGCAAAAUUAGACUACUUCCUUUAUAAAUAUAUUUUUCUCAGUUUCUUUGUCCUUUGGAAUGUAAAUAAAUGCUGUUUUUUUAAAUACCA